GGGGGCGGCCUGCAGCGCUGCCUGGCCUGCUCGAGGUACUUCAUCGAUUCCGCCAACCUCAAGACCCACCUCCGAUCCAAAGACCACAAGAAAAGGCUAAAGCAGCUGAGCGUGGAGCCCUACACCCAGGAAGAGGCUGAGAGGGCAGCGGGUAUGGGCUCCUAUGUGCCCCCCCAGCGGCUAGCAGUGCCCACCGAAGUAUCCACUGAGCUCCCUGAGAUGGACACGUCUACCUGACAUGGCCUGCAGGUGCGGGGCAGAGCCGCUGCCCAUGGACAAUGGCGCAGAACUAGGCCGGGAGAGACUGGGCCAUCCUUUUUUGGCCCUGAGUUUGCAAGUGGAUAGCGUCUUCUGGGUGCCCUCCGCUCAAAUAAAGGAACUGGAUAAAGA